GCCGGCUCCCGCGCCAUGGGGCGGCUGGUGGCUCUGAGCCUGCUGGGGAUCGCGCUGGCGCUCCUGGGCGAGAGGCUCCUGGCGCUCAGGAACAAAAAUGUCUUUCUCCAAAGCCCGAGUCAUAUGAAUGCCCCUAAAUUCAAAGGACUCUGGGAAAGCUAAUGUUUGGCCUGUCUGUCUGCAGUGGAAAGGAGGGAGAAGCAAAGGUGUGACGGUGGCUUUAGGUUUGUCAGAGAACAGGGCCUGCCACCCCGGAAAACAGAAGUUCACUAAUGGGAAUCGACUUAAAGCCUCCAGAGAAGUAGAAUCCGUAGACCUUCCGAACUGCCACCUCAUUAAAGGAAUUGAAGCUGGCGCAGAUGAUAUUGACAUACUUCCCAACGGUCUGGCUUUCCUUAGUGUGGGUUUGAAAUGUCCAGGACUCCACAGCUUUUCCCCAGAUAAGCCUGGAGGGAUACUAAUGAUGGAUCUAAAAAAAGAAAACCCGAGGGCCCUGGAACUGAGAAUCAGCCGUGGGUUCAAUUUGGCUUCGUUCAAUCCACAUGGUAUCAGCACCUUCAUAGACAACGACGACACAGUUUAUCUCUUCGUUGUCAACCACCCAGAAUUCAAGAAUACAGUGGAAAUUUUUAAAUUUGAAGAAGAAGAAAAUUCCCUUUUGCAUCUGAAAACAAUCAAACAUGAACUUCUUCCAAGUGUGAAUGAUAUCAUAGCUGUGGGACCAGCACAUUUCUAUGCCACCAAUGACCACUAUUUCUCUGAUCCUUUCUUAAAGUAUUUGGAAACAUACUUGAACUUACACUGGGCAAAUGUUGUUUACUACAGUCCAAAUGAAGUUAAAGUGGUAGCAGAAGGAUUUGAUGCAGCAAAUGGGAUCAAUAUUUCACCCGAUAAAAAGUACAUCUAUGUUGCUGAUAUCCUGGCUCACGAAAUUCAUGUUUUGGAAAGACACCCUAAUAUGAAUUUAACUCAGUUGAAGGUACUCAAGUUGGAUACACUGGUGGACAAUUUGUCUAUCGAUCCUUCCUCGGGGGACAUCUUGGUAGGCUGUCAUCCUAAUGGCCAGAAGCUCUUCAUUUAUGACCCGAACAAUCCUCCGUCAUCAGAGGUUCUCCGCAUCCAGAAUAUUCUGUCUGAGAAGCCGACUGUGACUACAGUUUACGCCAACAAUGGAUCUGUUCUCCAGGGAAGUUCUGUAGCCUCAGUGUAUGACAGGAAGCUGCUCAUAGGCACUCUCUAUCACAGAGCCCUGUAUUGUGAACUCUGAAUUGUACUUCCGGAUGCAAGUGUGCUAACUUCUUUUAACACUUACUUUUCUACGAAUUGCUAAUUGUGUGGGAAUUUAACCGGCAAAAUGGGCCCAGGAAUGUAGGACCUGUGUAGUUAAUUCUAUUUCAGUAAGGAAAAGCCCCUUCAGUUCUGAUAGCACUUUUAACAUAAAAGGCAAAGGGACAGUUUUUAAAAUAUGUGGCGUGAAGGAGAGAGAAGACAGCUGCCUCCAGUAAAGCGGAUUCACUGAACAAAAGGAACCUCAUCUCUGCCUUCCAACUGCCAGAGCGUGCAUUCCACUGAAACAGGGUAGACUGCAUUUCCUGAAAAUGUGAGUGACCUCAGCUCCAGCAGUGUGACCACUGUGAGUGUUCAGAACUACUGAUAGGUAACAUGUGGAUGUUUUUUACUUACAUCUUUGUUUACUGUUAAUGCGUUGGAGUUCUAUUAAAGGCUAACUAAAAAUCCAAA